GCCAGGCGCCUGGUUAGUCGUUACUCAUCGUUCGAGGCGGUUACAACCAAGACAGAUUAGCCAAGCAAAAUGCUGGACGCGGAGGUGCGAGAACUUAUGCAACCCUUUGUGCUAAGCGAUUACCAGAUUCAGGAGGUGUACAGUCGCUUUUGCUUGGAGGUGGCCCGUGGCCUAAAGCGCUCUACGCAUCCGCAAGCCAAUGUCAAGUGCUUUCCCACGUACGUGCAGGAUCUGCCCACGGGCGAUGAGAUGGGCAAAUUCUUGGCUCUGGAUCUCGGCGGCACCAACUUCCGGGUGCUGCUAGUCUCCCUGAAAGGUCACCACGAGGCCACAGUCGAUUCCCAGAUCUACGCCGUGCCCAAGGAUCUGAUGGUCGGACCGGGUGUGGAGCUGUUUGAUCACAUCGCCGGCUGCCUGGCUAAAUUUGUGGAAAAACACGACAUGAAAACCGCCUACCUUCCUUUAGGGUUUACUUUCUCCUUUCCCUGCGUGCAGCUGGGUCUCAAGGAGGGCAUCCUGGUGCGCUGGACCAAGGGCUUUGACUGUCCUGGAGUAGAGGGCGAGGAUGUGGGUCGCAUGCUGCACGAGGCCAUUCAGCGACGCGGCGAUGCGGACAUCGCUGUGGUGGCCAUUCUUAAUGACACAACAGGAACCCUGAUGUCCUGCGCCCAUCGCAACGCAGACUGCCGGGUAGGCGUAAUCGUGGGUACCGGCUGCAAUGCCUGCUACGUGGAGGAUGUGGAGAAUGUAGACCUUCUCCAUGCGGAUUUCAAAAAGACGAAGCGACAGGUGAUCGUAAAUGCGGAGUGGGGGGCCUUCGGAGAGGGAGGCCAACUGGACUUUGUGCGCACCGAGUACGAUCGCGAGGUCGACGAAAAGUCCAUUAACCGGGCUGAGCAGCUGUUCGAGAAGAUGACGGCAGGCAUGUACCUGGGCAACCUGGUGCGUCUUGUCCUGCUGCGCGCCCUGGAGCGGAAGCUCAUCUUUAAGCAGAGCAGCCGGCGUCCGGAGUUUGCCGGCGUUUUGCAGAAGAGCGAAGAUGUCUUUGAAUCGCGCUACAUAUCAGAGAUCGAGGACGACUCCUUCCCAGAGUUUGCCAGCACCAGGAAGAUCGUCAAGCAGCUGUUCGGUUUGGAGAAAGCAUCCGUGGAGGACUGCCAGACGCUGAGAUACAUCUGCGAGUGCGUGUCCAAGAGAGCGGCAACUUUAGUGGCCAUCGGAGUGAGUGGCCUGGUUAACAGGACCUCCAACCGCCGUGUGAUAGUCGGCAUGGAUGGCUCCGUGUACAGAUACCAUCCAAAGUUCGAUGCCUACAUGCGGCAGACCCUCCAGAAGCUGGUAAAGGCGGACAAGGAAUGGGACAUUAUGCUUUCAGAAGACGGAUCGGGACGAGGAGCUGCGCUGGUCGCCGCGGUGGCCAGCAAAUCGAAGUAGAAACUAACUACUACUAUAGCCUUAAUAAAAAGUCUCGCUGGAAUAAAAAACUCGACUCACAA